GUCAAGUAGUCAUCAGUGGUGAACCAGUCCAGGAAAGUGAUGGACAGUUUGGCGGGAAAGUAAUAUCCCAGGUGCUAAAUCUAACACCUACCAGAGGCAUGGAUGGUCACGUGAUCAAGUGUAGGGCAGGAAACAGACUGCCUGGGAGUAGUUAUGUGGAACAUCAGGUGUCUCUUGAUGUUAAAUAUUCCCCCGUGGUCACCAUCGUAUCAAGACUAGAAACUGAAACUGAGGCAGGUUUACUGCAAUGUUUGGUAACCGGCAAACCAACUGCUACAAUUGAAUGGUACCGCACUGAUAACGGACAAAUGUUUGUCCUAAAGGGGACUGGUAACAACAGCCUUAAUUACACCUCCGAGCCGUCAGCAGAGAUGAUGCCGGGUCGUAUAAGUGUACCGCCAAUAACGGGAUUGGGGGAGACAAUUCCAGUACAAUGCAGUUGUUAGUUCUUUACAAACCAGAUGUGACAAUUAUUGCUCAAAACGCCACGGAAAACUCAACAGCAGAGCUUCAUUGUGUACCACAUGGUGUACCUGACUCCUACACCUACAUCUCCUGGGAACAUACGUGGCCGGGAUCUAGUGAUGUUCUGAGGAUACUUCCGGGGUCUGAGGUUCUGACAUUGAGUAAUCUUAGGUACGAGCAUAGCGGGAUAUACACGUGCAGCGUGACAAACGGCGUGAAAUUUAGUAGGAACCCAAGUGCUGGUUUGGGACAGAGCUUCUUUGUCGUAAAAUCACGUCCUUUUGUAACAACCAGCAACAAAACGAUUCUUAAGGCGGCGCAGCUUGGUGAAGUGAAGACCAUUGAAUUGGAAUUUGUUUCAAACAGUCCUGGGACCGCAAUUAACGUUGAAAAAAUAACGAAAGACAGAGUGGCAAAAUCUACACAAAUCACAACGACGACUACCCCAGCUAUUAUAUGAGUAGAAGUGUUUAGCAAAACUGUGCAGACUGAGGGGUUCAUGUCUAAGAUUAACAUAAUGGUAAUGGAUCAAGACGAUUUAGGAAUAUAUGAAAUCGUGAUUGAAAACGAUGUGGGAUACGAGAAGAGAGCAGUUAAUCUGGUUCCGAAAGGCGAACCGAGCCCACCACAUAUCAUAUCAAUUACUUACGUCACAAAGAGUUCUGCCCUUAUAACAUGGACAAGGGGCUUCCAUGGAGGAUUUGAUCAAACUGUCAAGGUUGAAACCAGUCGAGAUGGGACCAGUUGGACGCCGACGCUUUCCUUACCUCAGGGGACGCUUGAGGACACAUCGCCGGUAAACACGACGAUUGAUGAACUUCUUCCAGCCUCUUUGUAUUACCUUCGGAUGUUUUCUGUCAAUGCAGGUGGCGAAAGCUCAAAAACGAGAUUGUUUGAAUUUACAACAAAAGAAGACAUAUUAACUUCAAAUCAUGCUGCUGUUAUUGGUGGUGUGGUCGGUGGAAGUCUCGGAGUUGUUGUUGCUGUUAUCGUCAUUGUGAUUAUUCUGAGACGAAAGUACACAUUGAACUGUUCUUUAUCGAAGAAAAAAGAUGUACACUCGGGUAUCAUUGGCCAGGGUGGUGACAACCCGGGAUAUAACGCUGCCGUAACGUACGAAGUAGUAUCAUCGAGAAAAGAUACGCCAGAUUACGAUGCUUUACAAACGAGGAUCCGCAUGUGUACAUGCCGCUGGAGGACUCCAAUCCUAAGUCACAUGCUUAUUAUGAGUAUGUUAACAGAGAGAAUCCCUUGUACAAGAACACAACGUUGAACAAUCCAGAGUCGCCAGUGCCUUAAAGGGACUGUACACCAGAUUGGCACCAAAAAUGUGUUUUUCUGUAACGAAUCUCAGGACAAUUAUCUAAUAAAAUGUGUUACGCUCUGAUAUCAUAAUUGUAAAAAAGUACCAAAAUGUAAAAAAGAAAUUGUGUCGGAGACCGGGUUUGAAACCGUAUCGCCAAAAUUGCAGUCCAAUGUCGUUUCCACUGUGCCACGGCGGCUUACUCUAAUUGAGUGACAUAUUUAAGCUAUACACCUACCUCGGUAAUAUCACGUGAUAACACCGACUAGCCAAUCUCGCAUAAGGAAUGAAUUCUACCUGGGGAAGAGAGGUGAAACUUUUAUUUAUGCUACCGGCUUCAUCUAUUUCGCUACUAGCCACCAUGGAGUUAUGUAUUACUUGCCAAACAGCAAUGCUUGUAAUCAAAUUUUGUUUAUGACUGAUUUGCAAAGUAAAAAUGGCAAAAUUUAUUGAUCAUAUAGACCAUUGGAUUGUCGGUCUAGUGUAUCGAUAAUGAACUGUGUUUGGUAGAGAAAACGAAUGUUUGCAAUUGCUGUUAUACUCUUAUUCCAAGUGUAUUUCCUCAUGCUUGUCUGUUACUCAGUUGUCUUUCUGUAUUUAUAUACAUUUAGUCUGAUGAUGCAUUAUUUACCGAUUAACAAUUUUUCUACAAGUGUAUUGAAACAUGCAUCAAAUAUUCAAAAGCACAAAGUAUAAUAUAGCGCUUAAUUUGACCAAAUUUAAAUUGUUGCCACUCUCCUAUACACAGUAUAAGAUAUAUGUCAUUUAACAUAAGCUAUAAACUAUUGUAUUCUGUUUUUUUCUGACCAAUAAAACUUUUUUUUCAAAAAGUCAUAGUCUAGUUCGCGGACAAAUCUAAGGUGCCUGCCGUUGAAAGUAGUGUUAAAUAGUCUUGGAUUUGACAAACUUGUAAAGCUACAAAUGUUAAGUGCUAAAAUGUGCCUACGUUAAGGGCCUUCAUGAGUGUAAAUGUCGUUAAAACACCAAAACAUAAAUGAAACACCAAAACAUAAGUUGUUUAAAGCUAUUGGUAAUGAAGCACAAUACAUACAUUGUUGUUUUGGUGUACUA